AAUUUCGCUGUUACUGACUUCAUCUGAAACACUCACUGUUCUCCCAUGGGAUUCUCCCUUGUUAGAGAGGAGCAAGCAAUUUUCAGUAAGAAUUAAAGUAAACAGUACAAAAAAGAAAAGAGAAUGUUUCCUUUCCUAUUUCUCGUUGACCUUCCAGAUGGGUAUCAUAUUAUCCUGGUUCAUAAUAGACCUUCUUAGCUUGGGCAAGUUGCUGCCCUACUGUUCAAACCGUGCGAUGAUCUCGCUGGAAUUCUUGCUUUCAAAUUUUCAAAUAGUCUCACGUGGUCUGACACCUCUUAGAACUAUUAAAGAAGGGAAAUAUUAUGUGCAGCACAAUUAAAGUGGAUCUCGUGGAAAUUUGUAAAAAACGCCAAACUUUGAUGUGUCACGUUUUUUGCGUGACUCAAUGCAUCAUGUGACGUAGUCGUCGUAGGAAGCGUGACAGCGUUUACUUUGGGUCGUCCGGUGGUCCUUCAAAAAAAUUUAUGUUCAUCGGAACGGUCACUGAAGAAACUGGAUAAAAAGGCCUGGCAAGAAACGGUACAGCUAUAAGACAGGACACCGAAUUAAGCGUUUUAAUUCGCUUUUCGUGGGAAAACCGGUAAGCGUCGAAAAAUUGCCACGAUUAGCAUGGCGGACGAACAAAGGGAUCCGUUAGCAAUAAAUUUCGCCGUCGUUAACCAGAGGAAAGCUCCGCUUUCAUGGCGAACACGGAUUUGUUAUGGUGUAGGGCAUGUGCUUAAUGAUCUGUGUGCGUCGAUGUGGUUUACGUAUCUCCUGGUGUAUCUUCACAAAGUGGUAAAAUUUUCAAAUGCGAGCGCCGGAACGCUUCUGUUGAUAGGCCAAGUAGCUGAUGCAAUGUGUACUCCUCUCGUUGGAAUCGAAUCAGACCGUACAGGCCGCUUUAAAUAUGGCAGACGAAAGAUUUGGAAUCUCGUCGGAGUUACGUCCGUGGCGCUUAGCUUUCCGUUCGUGUUUAAUCCGUGCCUAGGCUGCGAGAACUCAGAACAAUGGGCAAAGUUUCUUUAUUACACACCGUUUAUUGUAAUUUUUCAGUUCGGAUGGGCAGCGUCGCAGAUAUCUCAUCUAAGUUUGAUUCCAGAACUCACCGAGGAUGACAACGAAAAGUGUGGUCUGAACGCAAUCAGGUACGCAGCAACUGGUUCGUGUAACAUUUUCGUGUUUAUUGUCACCUGGGUGCUCCUGGACACGAGUGAAGCCAGCACCAGUUCAGACAAACUGGGCUCCGCUGAUGCUUCUGCAUUUAUGUACGUGGUGUUCAUAGUUGUUGGAACGGGUAUUUUCUUCUCGAUCGUCUUUCACGUGGGAGUUAAGGAAGACCCACGUGACUGUAGUGCUCAAUUCGCCACCAAGUCAAGCAAGAGGUCGGCUGGCAAUUGGACUGCUUGGUUCCAGGAGCCACUCUUUUAUCAGAUAGGAAUGCUGUAUAUGUGUGUUCGUCUGAUCAUCAAUGUCACGCAGUGUUACAUUCCAAUGUACACCCUGGAGACACUCAGCCUCUCCAAGCGAGAUAUUGCCAUAAUGCCAUUGGUGGUGUACGUGAGUGGACUGGUGUCUACGUUUUUUACCAAAUCGCUGAACAAGUGUCUUGGCAGAAAGGCUGUUUUCCUGGGUGGGCUUAUCAUCAUAUUAGGAACAAGUGUUUGGUUGUGGCUCAUUCCUCCGCACAGUGUUCAGAUGUACGGCGCCAGUGUGACAUUAGGAGUUGGAGGCUCCACAUUACUGGUUACUGUAUUGACAAUGCUGGCUGAUCUUAUAGGAGAUAACGUGGAAACCGGGGCUUUUGUUUACGGAGCCAUGAGCUUUUUGGACAAGAUGUCCAAUGGUAUUGUUAUACAAAUCGUUCAAGUAUUUUAUCCCAAGAACAGCGAGAAUAGGGCCAGUGCUGGAGCGCUGUUCUAUAGAGAGGUCAUGGUGUUAGCAUCAGGAGCAGCAGCAGUCCUGGCCCUUUUAACUCUCGCUACACUUAUAAAGAAAAACCUGGAUGAAACUCGCGCAGCGGUACGUGGAGCUGCAGGAACCAAUACAUGGUUACAGUCUGGUUCGUGGUCCCUGAUUUGCUCCAAAGGUCCAUUUGUUCCAUAUGAGCCCUCAGUUCAUUUGGCCCAAGGCACAGGAACGUCCCCAGCGGCCCCGGGGUCAAUACCUUUGUACGGUUCAGUGGACCUCACUUAAAUGACCUACAAUAACACAAGUGACUCGAAGCACCUUAUUUUCUCUUGCUCGAAGAGAAUGCCGUAUUCUAAAUGGAAAGCUAGAAGUCGCGGUUCUUCGGUACUUCUUUCCGCGAAUUGAUGCUUCUUCGCUUUAUUGCUAACUUAAUCAUGACAGAAACCUUUUCAAAUCUGAAACAUUUUCUUCCUCUUAGCCUGCGUAACGAGCGUUCCCGCACCAAGAGCUUUUCCGCGCGAAAAUUAGAGCGCGAGCAUCUGCUUACAAUUCCUGCGAGUGUCCGCAAAGGUUUAAAUCCGUGCCGUCAAUACGGGCUUUGCUUGCUAAGAUAUUGUUUAAAACUGUUCAAAUGAUAUGAAGUGUGAAGCUUCCUUUGAGC